UAAAUUCAAAUGGUGCGGUGUGGGAGAGGAGAGUCGCGGAGUGAAGAAGAGCGGCGGAGCGCCGAGACGAGGCCACACACACACCCGCUUAUCCAGCACACGGCGCAUCCAGGCGGCAUGAGAGCGGCCACACCGGCGCACAGGGCUGCCCUGCACAGCUCUACCGGCUCGGACUAGCAGGAGCGGGAGGAGUUAAAGGGCUGCGUCCCCGUGUAUGUCGUGUUUAUCGCCCAGGCUAGGCGGCUAGCUCCCUCCUUCAGUCAGCCAGACCGGGCUUCUCUCUCUCUCUCUCUCUCUCUCUCUCUCUCUGUCUGUUCUCUCCGUCUCUCUCUGGGUUCUCUCUGUCUCUCUCUGUUCUUUCUCUGUUUCUGUCUCUCUUUCUGUCUCUCUCUCUCUCUGUUCUCUCUCUCUCUCUCUCUCUCUCUCCCCCCCUUCAUGAUGGAGAGAGAGAUGACUCGAGUUUACAGGCUGGGGGAGAUGUGAGCUCCGUAAAGCCAGAUAUUCCCCCUUUCCUUUCCUUUUUUCCUCCAUAUGUGUCCGUAAUAUCCAAAGCCGCGGUUCUUUUUGCUGCUUGUUUUGAAGAUUUCAGCUCAGCAGCGCAAAAAAUGACACCAGAAGAAACAUUACUUGAAGACUGAGUGAAGAAGAAAGUCUCUCAGGCCUGACUGUCUGAAUUCUGUGGUGUGGUCAGAAACGGCCCUGAGAGCAUGUCUCCCAAGGUUCGGCCAGGGCUGUGCAAGCGGGGACUGCAUCAGCAUCCUCAUCGCCAUCUUCAGCAGCUGUAGACAAAGGUCCAUUGCACAAUGACAAAGCUCCAGUGAGGCCCAGCCCCAACGCAACUCGCUCACCUUCCCCUCCACCUCUCGUCCCAGCCCCUGCUGGUCCACAGCCCGACCAACCCUGAUCCUGACCAUGCUGCGCUUCCUGCCCCUCAAACUGGGCCGACUCUACCGCUGCCUGAAGCUGCUCCUGGUCCUGGGCCUGUCUGUAGUCCUGCUGAUGAACACUCACACUCUCUUUGCCUCCUUCCAGAAGAACGAGCUGACGGACCGCCGUUUCCUCAAUCUCAACAAGUGCCCGGCCUGCUUUGGCACCAGCUGGUGUCGCAAGUUCAUGAACGGCCAGGUAUCUUUCGAGACGUGGGGGCGCCUGCGCUUCCUGGACAUUUUCAAUGUCAAGAAUGUCUUCUUCGCCCAGUAUGGCGAGCCCAGGGAAGGCACACGAAGGAUCGUUCUCAAACGCUUGGGCUCCAACCAGGAGCUGGCCGACAUCGACCAGAAAAUCUGCAAGAGGGCCACGGGUCGCCCCCGCUGUGACCUCAUUCAGGCCAUGUACAAGACCGAAUUUGCUCGGCUUAACGGAGACGUGCGGCUCCUGACUCCAGAUGUGGUAGAGGGCUGGUCGGACUUGGUGCAUUGCCCCUCCCAGAGACUGCUGGACCGGAUAGUCCGGCGAUACGCUGAAACUAAGGACUCUGGAAGUUUCCUUCUGAAAAACCUUAAAGACACAGAGAGGAUGCAGCUACUCAUGACUUUGGCGUUCAACCCGGAGCCCUUGGUGCUGCAGAGCUUCCCUUCAGACGAAGGCUGGCCUUUUGCCAAGUAUCUGGGCGCGUGCGGGCGCAUGGUGGCCGUGAACUACGUGGGCGAGGAGCUGUGGAGUUUCUAUCAUGCGCCGUGGGAGAAGCGAGUGGACCUGGCCAAGCAGCUGAUGGACAUUGCUGAGCAGCUCACGAACAACGACUUCGACUUCGCACUCUAUUUGCUGGACGUCAGCUUCGACAACUUCGCCGUGGGCCCACGGGACGGCAAGGUCAUCGUGGUGGAUGCCGAGAACGUGGUGGUGGCUGACAAAAGACUGAUCAAACAGAAUAAGCCGGAGAACUACGACGUUUGGUACGAGAGCAAGUUUGAGGAGUGUGAUAAAGAGGCCUGUCUCUCGUUCUCUAAAGACAUGCUGUGCUCGCGGGUCACCGUGGACCACAACUACUACGCCAUCUGCCAGAACCUGCUGUCCCGCUACGCCACGUGGCGGGGCAGCCGGGGGGGCUUGCUGCACGACCCGCCAGCCCACAUAGCCAAAGAUGGGCAGCUGGAGGCCAUGCUGGAGGAGUGCGCCAACCCCAAAAAGCGCUAUGGCCGGUUCGCGGCAGCCAAAGAACUCCGCGAGUACCUCACCCAGCUCAGUGGCGCGGCCAGGUAAUGACUGGCCCAUGGACCCGAACACAUCUGGCCCCAGCCAUCAGCAACUUUCACUGUCUGUGUGGCGGAAGCGUCCGAAUCCCCGUUUGGGAACGAACUGGGGGGUAGAGGGGAGCACGUCCAAGAACUUCUAAGGACCCUGUUUGGUUCUUCUGAGGUUCCUUUUUACUCGUGAGACCUUCCGAGGUCCACAUUGUGUCCCGGCCUGCUGACGUUUCAGUGCACUCUCAUGAGUAACUAUUCAUGGGUGGGGUAUGUCCUGCUGUGGUGGACUGCUGUUGCCAUGGAGACUGGAGGUCAUCCUUCAAAAGCAGCUUUUGCUAGAGUUCGAGAGCCAGUUCUUAUCUCUACUCCAGAUCACCCGUCCGUCACACAUGGUCUUUCUACUCACGUAUGGAAACUUGCUAGUGUCUCUGACAGUCUGAACUCAUCCGAAAGCUUGUGUUCAUCAUUUAAGGAUCAUUAUGAGGUUUGCUCUCCACCGAGGGAGGCAGCAGCUAAUUUUUUUUUUUAUGAGUAGCAUCUCAUCCCAUAGACUGGUUGAUGAGAUAUGAGUGUGCUUACAAUGGCAGCUGGAAGAAAUUGGCACACAGCAGCUCAGGAGGGACCCCCAGAUCCCUCUCCUCAUAUUGAAUCACAGUGAUCUGGUGUUCGGCAAUCAGCGUUUGUCUUUAGAACAUGGUAGAGAGGGGAUAAGAGUGUACAGAACAAAGGAAAUGAGAAGAGUAGGAAGCGAAUGAGCUGCAGCUGUUCUUUUAACCCCACUUUUGCAUAUACCAAAGAUGUCUGGCUAUAUGUUGAUCCAAUCCCUGUACAUUUUAUCACGUUGAACUGAUCAUAAAAGCCCAAGGCAACGUCACCGUAGUCAUUUCAGUCAUUUCAGUAACUUAUUUUACUGUUCUUUCUUUUUUUUUUGCUUGUGUUAUUCAACCAAGCACAACGAAGGCUGAAGUUAAUCCAAAUUAUGCAUUGCCAUCAGUGUGGAGCCAAAACUUGGCCUCUAAUUGGCCAUUAGGAAUAAGUAAUGUCCCAGCAGCAGCACUGAGGCCCAGUGCAGUGGUAGCAAACCAUAGCAUGAAAGAGGUCCAUGCAUCCACUCUCAAAUACAUGCACACUGGAAAAUUAGUGAUUUCUCAACCCUAAAAUUCGUUCUUAAUUUCACAGCUUUGAAAUUUAAUUAAUCAAAAUUUAAUCAAAUGUCUCUGACACUUAACAUCAGUUAGCUCUGAGCUAUCAGUCUGUCAUCUCCCUAUUUUUUUUAAUGAAUUAGCACAUUUGGUUUGAUUUUACACUUGGUGGACCAGUGAAUUAGAUCAGUAUAUCUAAUGUGUGUGUGUGCGCGUGUGUUUGAUGACGUAGGCGGGCCCCGAUGCAGAAGCAGUCGACUGAUCAUUUCAUGGAGCAUCGAUCCUUGGAGGAGGGGCUAGCAAAGAUUGGUGAUCAGUCCAGUUUUGUACGUUUCAUAUUAAAUGAAUGGAAGGUGUUCAAAUGUUUGUUUCUCUCACAUCACCUUCGUGAACAGCUCCUUUCUGGAGGAUCUACCAACCUGCAGAGCUUAGUUCCUGCCCUAUUUUAAUUUCAUCCUAAUUAGGAGUAAUGUAAUUAAGGCUGGCUGGAGUCAUUUGAAUACUCAAGUAUUUGUUUAUGUUGGUAUUCAUGUCCUUUUUGAGCAUUUGAAGGCUGGUUUUGUUAACCCUUUGGACCACAUCAACUCUAGAACACGGUCAUGGACAGUUUUGAGAGUUUGAGGCGUAUUCACAGUUUUUAAACAAAUAAAACCAGGACUUUCCAAACGAUGGACAUGUUUGGUUAUAAAAGGUCAAGGAUGAACACAGGACCCCUUUUUGAAAAACGUAAGAUAAGAUUAUAAGAUAUUAAAAUGAUUUUUAAUAAGAAAUGAUUUUUGCUAAGUGAGAAAUGGCCAAAAACAUGUUAAUUUGACUGUUGAACGACAUUCAGGUGAAGAAGCUGAGCAUCCAGUCACUCAUUUAGCCUCCGCCUAGCUGAGCGAUUGCAACGUGCAGGAUUAGUAACCAGUUUAGCUGGUUCUCAUAAGAUAUGAACAGCCAUAAAUCUAUACGAAUUAAAUGUGAAAUAUAUAAGUAGCAAGGCAAGUCAUUGUGAACAAGCUUUAUUACGCUCGCAAUGGCAACCGCGAAGCUAAUAGUGGAAUAUGAACUUGGCUCAACCAGCGAAACGGACUGAAAACUUGUCACUAAACAAACAUUGUAAAAGAAUUAUGUUCACUACUGUCUGUCUCAUCUGUCCCCUUAUCUGAAACCACAUUACAGCACAUCUGUCUUUCUGCCUUUUUGGGACAAGUGUAGUAUUGAGUGAGUUAUCCAAGCACCAAUGAGUAUUCACUGCCUGUAAAAUGCUGACCUAUAUUUAGUGGUACAGUUGAGUUUUUGAGUUCUUGAAACCUUUAAUCAACUACAGUGCCCUUCAAAACGUUUGGACACAUCUACUCAUUACAGGUUUUCUCUGUUUUGUUUUACACAUUUUAGAAUAUUAGUCUAGUAAGGCUGUCAGAUGAUUUAGUUAGUAAAUCACAGUCAACCGCGUUUGUCUUGUUUACCCAAAUUUGACCCUAAAGAAAAAUGUUGUGCUUGUUGUUCCAGCUUUAUCAUCCGACUGUAUUUAUUACUUUCGAUAACGUAACAUCAUAACAACAUACAGCACACAAGCCGCUGGGCUUAAGCCUGCACUGCUGCGAAUGGUGCGAAAGGACAGAUGAGGAAAAUCUGCGAUGUUAGUAAUGUAUCAGAAGUCAUUUUUGUGUUGCAACAGAUCACAAAACCCACGGUUCGGAUCGUAUCAGGUUCUGGGUCACGGAUCGGAUCGUUUUUCGAAUGAGUAAAAAUAAAGGGAACAGAACAUUGCUGUCCGUUUGUUACUUAAAGAUUACUUAAAGCAACAACCCUUUUGCCCAUGAUCCCGAAUAAAAAACAAGGUUCAAGAUGUGUAAUGUUGAACUAAAAUGUAAUAAAAUAGUCUUUUUGCAGGACACAUCUGCCCCGAAGGUCCUGAGAAACAGGCUGUGAUGUUCUCAGUAUGAAUGGCCAACAGCUCCUCCGCUUCAGUCAUGUACAAGAUUCACUCCCACCACGUUUUUCUAUCUCGGAGUUCUACUUUACAGGCGAUGCUGCAUCACUUUCACUCAAUAGCAGCACGCACAGAUUUUCCCGAGCCUACAAUUAUGUACAGAACACACACUCAAAGGGCGGUAAGGACCUAGAACGGUAAAAUACUGCAAGUCUGAAUGACAACAUAUUCGUCCUUACUUAUCCAUGCCGCUGCCAUAUACGUCAUUGAUGGGGAUCUUUGGCAGAUCCUGGUAAAUUCUCUUGUAGAAAGUCAGUGAGCAACACCAGCUGAGAUGCUGGCAGGUGCUGUUAUUCACACACUGCUUAUAGUGGAAGUGUUCAGCACCAUUUUGUACACCUAGCCAGUUAGGGGGGUGGGUAAUCUAGGCGAGGUGCCAUUACACCACUAGCGUUUAUUAAUGUGCCAAUUUUGACAGUCCAAUAGUGAAGACGUCAAAUCUAUGAAAUAACAUGUAUUGAAUUAUGUAAAAUCAAAAGAAAUGUGUAUACAUAUAUAUGAUUAUUGCUGUGGUCAGAAAAAAACCUUGUAUCUCAAAAUGAGAUCUUUACAGGAGAAAGAAAAAAUCUACUUUACUUGUAAUGGGAGUCAAUGGAACCAGACUUAUCCCAAGCCAUUUUGGAUCAUUUCUUUUGGUCCGUUUAUGAUAAAAUUUAUACACAAUGUAAAGAGCAACAGGCAUUUUCAAAAUGUGUCAUAAACUGGAAAAUGGCAAAAGUGGAGAUAUGUGAGAUUCUUCAGAGUAGCCCCCCUUUGCCUUGAUGCAGGACUAAAGAAGAGCACGUAUGCUGGCACCUUUUUUAUUUCAUAAUCUUUAUUUUUGAAAGAAAUUUUGACAUCAUUGGCAUCGGUUAUGUUUGUCUUGAACACGUUAAGCAUAAGCCUUUAGAUCUGCAUGUCUUUUAAGAUGCAGGUGGAUCCAAACACACGUCUGGUACUGAAGGUCUAUUCCUAGGUUGGGAUUAAGCUCUGCAGGCUGAUAAACCUUCAGGAGCACGUUUGGAUGGCAUUGAUCUGAAAAGUCCAACCUUGUAUGUUACAGCAUAGAAAAGCAAUAAGUGUUGUUCAGCCAUCAUUGUUCUAAAUUACCUGGUUCUAGAUCCAUCUCUGCUCCAUCCGGGAACUGAUCGGCACCUCUGUAGGAGCGGGGCGCGAGAGGAAUUUGUACGUGCGUAAAUAACUGUCUGCUUUUGUACUGUAAUUAAUUAUUUUUCAUUGAGUAUAUCAGCAGUGUCUGAUUUUACUGUGCCUUUCAUUCGAAAGUUGUAUUCACAACUUUCAGUGGGUUUAACUAUCGAAUAAAUGAAUAUAUAUAUAUCUAUAUCUA